AUGCCCAACCAAACCCCAGUUGCUGCCGCGACACCUGACAGCAGCAGCAGCAGCAACGCCUACGUCCGGCUACACGUCUCUCCUCUAGACGCCGAACUUCUCCCCGUCGUCCUCAACUCGACCUUGCUUCCCAAGGCUCGCAACGUCUCGUUCCAUACCCUUGAAACUUUUCCCGAGAGGCGCUACGGUUUCGUCGAACUCCCCAAGGAAGACGCCGAAAAAGUCCGCAAAAAGUUCAACGGCGCCGUACUAAGAGGAGCCAAGAUGAAGGUCGAUCCCGCCAAACCAGACAAGAACCCCGCGCCGUUGGGCGAGGAAGUCGCCCUGGCCGACGAGAAGAGCUCCAAAAAGUCAAAGAAGUCGCGCGAUUCCUCUUCGUCUUUGGGGGAAAAGAAGUCCUCCAAGAAGCGCAAGCGCGACAACGCCGAAGAGAUCACCGGAGUCGUGCUACCGGAGGGCAGACAGGUCAAGCGAGGAUGGACGUCUGCCGACGAGCCCAAGAAGGAGAGAAAGGACAAGCGCGACAAGAAGGGGGAUAAGAAGGAUAAAAAGGACAAGAAGGACAAGAAGAAGCAGCGGGUCAAGUCAAAAUACACAGAACAUGACGAGUGUCUUGUCAAGACGGUGCUGCCACCGAACAAGGUAGCGAACACGGAAGGCAUGGAGGGUAUGGUCAAGAAGAAGAAGAAGGAGAAGGACAGCAAGCGCGAGGUGGUGGUUCAUGAGUUCGCCAAGACGACCAAGUUCCCGACGUUCCUCAAGGCGGCGGCGACUUCUGGCUCAAAGAAGGAUCCUUCACACUUUGAUGAGGAGAAGAAAUGCUGGGUGGACGAAGAUGGUAAUGUCGUUGAGGAGGUCAAGGCUACGCGGAAACCAACAACUGGCAUGCUCAUGCUUGACGCUGAGCCCCAGUCCGAGGACGAUUCUUCCUCGUCGUCUGAGGAUGAAGACACCAAGAGCGCUCCCGAACCCACAAAAGAAGAGUCAGUCUCCGAUGCUGAAUCCAGCGACAGUCGCGACGACGAGGACGCUUCUUCUCCUUCAGACAAGAAGGAAUCGACACCUCCACCAACCGAAAAGGCGGCCUCCUCUUCCAAGGUCACCUCGAGCCCCGGCAAGAACCUCUCAAUCAGGAUUCCUCCUCCUGCAACCCCAGCCACCAAAACCGAGGUGCACCCCCUGGAGGCGCUCUACAAGAAGCCCAAGGACGGAGGAGAAGCCGCAGAAGCCCAGCCCACCACCGGCUUCAGCUUCUUCGGCGGCAAUAAUGACGACAUUGAAGAGGAGGAGGAAGAAGUUACUACUACCGCCACACGCACCACCUCUCUCCAGGUGCCUCUGACCCCCUACACCGAAAAGGAUUUCGAGUCACGCGGCCUUAGAAGCGCUGCACCCACGCCUGAUACGGCUCACCCAAGCCGGAGAUUCAAGCCGUGGGAGGAUGAUAAUGAGGAUAUCCAGGAGGAGGAUGAAGAAGAUGAAGAUGAGGAUAUGGUGGAUGCCGCCGCGGCAACGGGGGCUGCUGAGACUAGUGCGGAUGGAGAGAAACCCGCUAGCACUAGCGACUUCCAGAAGUGGUUCUGGGAACACCGUGGUGACCUUAAUCGGUCGUGGAAGAAGCGGAGGAAGUUGGUGGGUAAGGAGAAGAGGUACAGAGAGAACAGGGCGAGGAUGGCGAGGGCUAUCUAG